AUGUCUCUGGGCUUGGCUGGAAAUCGACUAUGGAUUGCUGUGACUGGAGGCAUUCUUCUGAUCAUCCUUGCGUUCGCGAGCGUGUCGACAUAUGGCAAGGCGCCGUCACUACGCCUGAAAGCACCUGGCUCGCGUGCAGGAGAAAGCGGAGGAAGUCUGCAGGAUGUUCAUAAUGCGACGCUUGGUUUCCAGAAGAUUUUCGCCAUCAACCUGCCUUCGCGGACAGAUCACCGCGACUCCAUAUCCUUGGCUGCACACCUCACCGGCUUGCAAGUGGACUACUGGGAUGGCGUAACCUCACUUGAAAGCAAGACUCUUCCACCAGGUGGCGAGGAGUUCACGUCCAAAGGUGCUUUGUUUGCGUGGCGAGCACAUAUGAAUCUUCUACGGCACAUUGUCGAGAAUAACAUCACGACCGCACUCAUCGCGGAAGACGACAUUGACUGGGAUAUCCGGAUCAAGUCGCAGAUGGAAGACUACGCUCGAGCUUCGAGAGUAGUGCUCCAGACGACCUCUUCAGGACCAGCAGACGACUACUACGAUGCCGACUACACAUCAGCUGGAGGUGCUGUGAUUGACUACAAUGUAGUCGAGCACCCCACGACUGAGCCUACCAGCUCUCCGUACGGCGAGAUAGAAACUUGGGACAUCUUCUGGCUAGGUCACUGUGGCGUCAAGAUGCCGACGCCUUCGGACAACCUCCCGACGAACCGCGCAGUAAUCUACAACGACCCUACAGUCCCAGAAACCCAACACAUCGACGCCGAAUUCGGCGAUCGACAACUCGUAGACGGCUACCCCAACCACACCCGUAUCGUCUCCCACGCUCACGACAACGUCUGCUCACUAGCCUACGCCAUCUCCCUGCCCGGCGCAAGAAAGAUCCUCUACGAACUAGGCAUCAAACGUAUCGACCGUGCCUUCGACCUUGCCCUCACCAGUGUCUGUGGAGGCACAGACCGAAGACCUCGCGCGACGUGUUUAAGCGUCAUGCCGCAGAUCUUCGCCGGAUAUCACCCUAUUGCUCUGCGGGCGAGUCUGUCGGAUAUCGGGACGCCGGAGCAUGGGGAUGAGUAUACGACUGUGGCUUUUAGUAAGAAUAUUCGGUGGAGUACGAGGGGGAACUUUGAACAGCUUGUUUAUGGACGGAAACAGUAUACGGAUACCUUUCGCGACGGAGAACCGAAACCCGAUCUUGGGGAAUGA